UAUGUAACUUCUAAAAUUCUCGGGGAGCCGGGCCCCGAGCCUAUGUGUAGCUCUGCCCCUGGGUGGGCCUACUAAUCGAGAUCUAUGUUCGAGAGUCGUCUUGGGCUGCCACGAUCCAAUUGGUAUGAUCCCAUUAUUCUCUCGAAGGUCGAAACAGAGUGUCGUGUUGAGAGGAGAAGAAGAAGGGAACGAAAGAAGGAAGCUUGUUUGGAAAGGCCGAAGUGGCCCAAAUCGUUCAAGUCAUAAGUUGGGCCGGGCCGGGCCGUUAGGUUCAUAAAAAGCAGCUUUAGCGGCGACGUCGUUCUGUCUCUUGGAGACGUUUCGAACCGAGAUUGAAGUUGGUUCGGUUAAUAAGAAACGCGAAUCUGGGGAAGAAAAAGGAAAUUAGAAAGCUUUUAUUGAACCAGUCGGCCGGAAGAUGAACCGCUACCAUCUCUCGAGGACAGGAGGGCAAAAUUCCCGAUCCCCGUUAACAGAGAGAGAAGCGUCGGACUAGCUCGCCGCCGGCAAUCGAAGCUCGAACUCUAGCGGCAAGGAGGCGCUUCAGGCGAAGGAGACGCGGGGAAGCAAGGCAGAGGAGGAGGCGGGACUGAGACGGGAGUCGCGGCAGCGUGCGAGGGCGGCCAGAGAGCGUAGUCGGAAGUUCUUUUUCUGUCCCUAAUUCGUCCUUUCUUGUCGCUUGAGCUUGAAGAAAUUCGACUAGGGGAACUGAAAACUGACACGAUCUUCUUGUAAGCGUUUGUUGAAUCGACAGAUAAGGCCGAGCUUCUUUCCUAUCUAGCUAGUUUUGUUGAUGGAGGCGUAAGUUUGAUUGCUGGCAAGUGGAAGAAGAAGACGAGACUCGUACUGGUUUGCGAUUGCAAGGUUUGUUGUUCAUUGCUUGACAGCUUUGGUUUCGCUUCUUUCAUUCUGUGAAUUCAAUAUCUGCUUUCUGAAUUUUGCCCUAGUUAUCAGUGUUUUACCCCUUGCAAUCGGCCUGCCUAUGUAAUGCAAGUUUCUAGCUGAAUUUCUCUUCUCUCCAUUGGAAGUGUUCUCAGAGAGAGGGAAUCAUACUUUCCAUGUUGAUUAAGCUGUUGACAGGGUUUCUGCCUUUCUGGGGUGUUCCAUGUUGAGAUUUUUGGUAUAGACAGACUUGUGCUUUAGUAUCGGUGGGUAGUGUUAUAAUUAGGGCUGGCCAUUCGGUUAUCGGUUGCCGGUUAAACCAAUAACCGACGGUUACCGGUUAACCGAUAACCGAAAAAACGACGUCGCGGGCGGUUGGCGGUAACCUGGUUGAGGAGGCCGGUUAACCGGUAACCGCGGCACAUAACCGCCGGUUAAACCGACUAACCGGCGAGAACCCCCUGCCCCCUAGAAGUCUAGAACGACGCCGUCGAAAUCACCCCCCCUAAAUCCCUAAUCGCGAACGCGAUCCAGAGACCAGACUCCAUUUUUCGAUUUUCAGUCCACCCUCGCGAUUCCAGUCGCCGCCGCGCCUCUCCCUGGCCCUGCCGCCGCCGCGCCUCUCCCUGCCGCCGGCCCUCUCCCUCACUCCGGCCCUCUCACUCUCUCCCAGUCUCCCUGCCGGCCUGCCCCACGGCUGCCCCUGCCGUCGCCGACCAACUCCCUCCUCUCCCUCACUCUCUCCCUGCCGCCGACUCCAGUCACGCCACCAUCUCAUUCCCGCCUCAUUGACGCCAGUCGCCGCCAUUCCAAGGAGUCGACGACAAUCUGAUGUGAGAACUGAGACCUCCCACUCCAAGUUCAGCAAUUAAUCGAUUAUCUUCCAUUUUCUGUUUUUUUUUUUUUUUUUGGUUUUGAUUUUGGAGGAUUGUUCUGCCCGUAGCCUUGCUUCUCGUUAGUUGGUUCUACUUGGAGUUGGAGGCUUUGAUUGAGUCUUUGAUUGAUUGUUUGUUCUGCUUGCACCCUUCUGUUUCCAAUUCCCAUUACUUCAAGUUUUGGUAGUGAUAUAAGCUGCUGUUGCUGUUUUGCUUCCGUUGUUAUUGAGAUUUGAGAAUAUAAAACGUUUUGAACAGAGGUGCUUAAUUGGUGCUUGUUUCACUCUAUCAAUUAGGUACUACAUACAUGGUCAACCUCCUCUCUUUCUUCAAUGUAGUAAUGUGCAUGGUUUUCGAUUUCUAUGGAUUUUGAAAUAAAAUAGCUUGCUGUGUUUGUAAUGUCUUCUGUUUAUGUUGUUAGAUUAGGGUGGGAAGUGAGAUUAGUUGCAAGCAAAAUAAACAAAGCUGCUGAGUGAGCUUUGUUUUGCCAAAGAUGUAAGGAUUUUGCUUGGUGAUAUAAUCGUCGUUGGGUUCUUUCAUUAUGUUCUGGGAAUUUCAGCUGCUGUAAGGAGUUCCACAAUUCUGGGUUGGGGCAUGAAUGAAGCAUAUAGUUAGUUUAGAGUACGUAAUGCAUUAAAUUUAACUAAAUCCUACAACUUGACUUUCCUUUUAUUCUCUAUAUUUAUGCUUUGCUAACUGUUGUUUGUCCACAUAAACAAAAAGAUCCCAACUUGACUUGUGGAGUGAUUUAGAUGUAGAAAUGUAAGGCUGAACGUUUCAUUUUAGUCAAUUUGUAUCGAUUUUGAAGUUACAAGUGCCCUGGUCGGUUCGGUUAGUCGGUUCGGUUAGUCAGUUAGAAGUGUCUGUAUCUCACGUUGCGGUUGCUUCGGUUAACCGGGCAACUAACCGGUAACCGACCGGUCAGUUGCCGGUUAACCGAAGGUUUGGUUCGGUCGGUUGGCGGUAAGGAUCCUCCUUGGCGCGGUUAACCGGUAACUGGCAUUUCGGUUAUCGGUUAUAACCGAACUAACCGAAAUGCCAGCCCUAGUUAUAAUUGUGCUUAGUGGCUGAAAUCGUAAUGAUGUUUUGCAGAGGACAAUUUUUGGUGAAGCCCUGAUCUCUUUGCUCCGUUCAUCCAAAUAUGACAGAUUCAGGAGAAUCUCAACAGCCUGAACAAGUAUGCAACUUUUUCAGAAAGCCAACUAAGAGCAAGAACAUCAGGAAGAGAGCAGUAGAAGAUGAUAAUGCCGAGGAUUCAAAAACCGAAAGCUCUUUCUUAAGCAAUCAGAAGAAGGCGCCAAAGGCUGAUAACAAGCUAUACUUCUCGUCAGGACCUUCGAAGAGCUCAAAGCCAUCAGAAUCCAACUCAGACAACAAUGAGAAGCCCAUCUUUCAGUUUGAGUCUUCAAAGGUAAUUCAGGUACAAAAUGACAGCAGGGCAACGGCAACUCUGGAAACCGAGACAGACUUCGGAAGAGAUGCCCGGGCAAUACGCGAGAGAGCUCUUAAGCAAGCUGGGGAGGAUCUGAAGAGUAACAAACAGGGUUCUUCAGGUAGCAACGAGAAGCUGUACAAGGGAAUUCAUGGAUAUACAGAUCACAAAGCUGGCUUUAGAAGAGAGCUAACAAUUGCAAGUGAGAAAGCUGGUGGAUCGCAUGGACCACUUAGGGCAUCUGCACACAUCAGAGUCUCGGCAAGAUUCGACUAUCAGCCGGAUAUAUGUAAAGAUUACAAAGAAACUGGUUACUGUGGUUAUGGAGAUUCUUGCAAGUUUAUGCACGAUCGAGGCGAUUACAAGUCUGGAUGGCAGAUGGAGAAGGAGUGGGACGAGGCAGAGAAGGCAAGGAAGAGAAAAUUAGCUUUGGGUGCCUUGGCCAAGGAGGAUGGCGAAUUUGAUGAAGCUAAUGAUGACGACGAUGAUGACGACGAUGAUGAUGCGUUGCCAUUUGCAUGUUUCAUUUGUAGGGAGCCUUUUGAAGAUCCUGUUGUGACCAAAUGCAAGCAUUACUUCUGUGAACAUUGUGCUCUAAAGCAUCAUUCCAAGAACAAGAAAUGCUUCGUCUGCAACAAGCCGACUCUGGGUAUUUUCAACACUGCUCAUGAAAUACGCAAGAGGAUGGCAGAGGCGAGCAAAUGAUCAUGCUGUUAUGCUGAUUGUUGCCCGCAUCCUCCUUUGUACUGCUUGGACUGCUUUACCCACACUGUAUUGGUUGGUUCCAUUUUGGGUUCAUGACACUGGUUGUUGCAUCUUCCCGGUUCAUGACUUGGGGCAAUUUCACUUUGAUGAGAGCAUUAGUGAUCUAGCAUUUUUUUUUAUGUCCGUUCCACCUUUUCUUUCCGCAUAUUUCCAGAAAUCUUCUUGGUUCCGGAUGCCUGAUCUUCUCUUUUUUGUUGCUUUACAGACAAAGCUUCAUAUGAGUUAUCUUCACUACUGAUUGAGCUUCUUAACUCAGUUGCUUGUAAUGAGUUGACAAGUUGUGUGAUAGUCAAACUAGCUAGAUCGAUCUCGGUUAUCAGAUGACUUUGUGAUGCGGUGUUCGAUCUUAUAUGAAGCCUCGUAGGCCUGCUUCGUCUUUUUCCCUAGCUCCUUGGACAUGCAUAGCUGAGAGCCUGAGACUAUGUUUUGAUUCGUUUAACAGGUGAAACUUAUAGCACAAAAUUGGUUGUAGCCCCAGCCACAACCCUGAUUAUCCCAAAGCCAUGGCAUUUGUAUAAAUUUUAUUGGUUUCA